AAAUUUCAUAAAAAAAAAAGUCGGUUUACUUAGUUGCAAACUAAGCGUGUAACGUGUGGCUGCGUAUAUUUGGGGAAAUUGCGAUUAUUAGAAGGAUUUCAUCCGUUGAUAUUCGUCGCCAUUCGUCAAUCUGAAAAUCGAUUGUCGAUUACCAAGUCCGUCCGAAACCUGAAGCUGCCGAUCUGUUACUAUGUUAGUCAUAUAAUUUGCGGGCACCACCAGUUAAUGCAACGAACACGUUAUUGCACGUUGGAUACCGAUCAGGUUUUAGAUAAUUCUUGGGAACUCGUAAAAUCUCGUAAUGGCACCCCGUAAAGCUGUGAAACAUACACAGGCAGAAGUAGAGAGAGCUCCGGAAACCAAUGAUGUAUCGCCCUCAAAGAAAAAAAAGACCGUAGCGAAGGCUGCGAAUAAAAUCGACGAAGAGAAGCAAGUUAGAUUGCCGAGGGCCGCGAAAUUGACGAAAAUCGAGCAGACAGAAGGCACACAGACGACCACAACGGUAACUAAGAACACGAAAACAAAAGUCAAGACGUCGCCGACUAAGAAUGCUUCGGUGACUACGAAAACGAAUUCCAAAGUCAAGCCUGUGCCGAAAAAAAAAAAGGAGGCGGUGGAUAAAGAUGAUAUCAAACCUGUGAAUGAGCCGAUUAUAAAAGGUGCCGAGAAAACUGAAACGAAAAAGACACGCGCUAGAGUAACGAAAAAGGCGGGAAUUGAUGUGGAGGAAGAACCUAAGGGAAAGUCAAAGAGAAGAAUUAAAAAACAAUCUGUUAAUGAGAAUGCUGAAAAUUCAGAAGCAUCACCUGCAAAAAAGAGAAAAAUAAAUGUUGAGGUAGAAUCAAAGGAUAGUAAACCAAAACCAAAAGCAAGAGCAGCAAAAAAAAAACCUGAUAUGAAUAAUGAUACGAAAGAUAAAGUUAACAACAAAGCUAAAGUUGUUAAUGAUAAUGAAACUGAAAAUGAUGUUAAAUCAGGAGAUGAAAAAUUUACUAAAGUAACAGCACCAAGAAAAACAAGAGGUCGUAAGAAUGAAUCUAAUUCAGAUGACAUAACAAAUAAUGAUGAAACAACAGAGAAAUUGUCUUCUUCAGAAAUAGUAGACACUAAUGAAAGGGAAGAAGCUGAAAAUAAUGAAUCAGAAUUAGCUCAAACUGUUAAAAAAGGAAGGAAUGUAAAAAAAAAAGAAGUACCACAAAAAAAACCUACUAGAACGCGUGGCAAAGCUACUUCUAUCGAAGAUAUAGAUACAACAAUAGUAGUUAAAGAAGCACAAAAGAAAACAAAUAAAGAUGCAUUAGUUACUAUAAAAAGAGUUCGAGGCAAGGUUAUAGAAAGUGCAACGGAGGAGAAGAAAGUAUUAAAUUCGUCAGAAACGUUAAGUAGUAAUAAUAACAUACAAAAAUUGUUAGAAGAUAAUGAUAAAAAAGAAGAUGCAGAAAACGAGGAGACAAAGCACACCAAAACAGGAAUGUUCAAAAAGAUAGAUGAUGUGAUUAUAAGGGAUGAAAUAAAUGAAAAUAAUGUGAUCACUACAUCGGUAAAAGAAGAAGAAAAUUAAAAAUGUAUGUUCUAUUUUUACUUGACAUGUUUCUUCGAAAAAAUUAUAUCAUUAAUAUUUUAAUAUAUUUGAUAAAAAUACAAAUGUCUAUGAGUAUUUCUAUAUCUAGAAAUACUAAAGAAAUAUAUACAUUGUAAAAUUUCAAUAAUACAUUUUGGUUACACAUUGUUUCAAAAA